AUGGAGGGCAAAGUUCUCGUCGCCCUGAUGGGGAUGUGUGUGGGGCUGGUGGCCAGCAGUCAGGAUGCUGCGUUGAAGGACUUUGACAUGGUCAAGCUCUCAGGCCUCUGGUACGAGAUCGCCGUCGCCUCCAAGCUGGGUUUGUACAGCUCAGCCCACAGGACGGAGAAGAUGCGGGCCGUGCUUGUCGAGCUGGAAGGGAGCCACCUGGCCCUGACCACUGCAUACUAUGAUGAGGACCGCUGUGUGAAAGAGAAGGAUGGGGCCCUGCAAGGGGACACCCCAGGGAAGUUCAAGGUCUUGAAAACGGCUGGAAACAAAGAGGUUCUCGUUGUGGCCACGGACUACCAGACCCACACUAUCAUGGACAUCUCGUUCCACAAGGACGGGGAGGCGCACAGGGUCCUGAAGCUGUACAGCCGGAGCCUGGAUCACAACGAGGAAGCCCUGAAGAAGUUCAAGGACAUGGCCCGGGAGCGCGGUUUCACCAAAGCAGACGUGCACCUGCUUCAGCACGACCGUGAGUGGCCCCCGCCCCGGGUCAGGGCCUCCCGGAGGUGGAGACAGGGCAGACCCGGCCCCGCCCGGCCCCCGCCCCGAGUCUCACCACUUUGCUUCCAUCCACAGUGA